AUGACUGACAUCUUGUGCGACUGGCUGAACAGAGAAGUGAAGCUCUCGCGGGUAGUGGAUCAAGAAUCUUUUCCUAGAGAGUUUGCCUCUGGAUACCUCAUUGGAGAACUUCUACACAAGUAUGAACUUCAGGAUGACUUUGACCAGUUUUCGCAAAGCAGGGUUGCUAAUGCAAAACUCAACAACUUCUCUCGCAUGGAGCCCACCCUGCAACUCCUGGGCGUGCAGUUUGAUCAAAACGUGGCCCGAAACAUCAUGACCGAGCAGCGUGGGGCUGCCACCAAGCUGGUGUACCAGCUGUAUGUGGCUCUGGAGAAAAAGAAGAAAGCCGGACUCACUGGAGUUGCCAUGGACGCCAUGAGGCCCUCGGCUCCUGCGAAGCUCAAGAGCGUUGGGACAGAGAUGUAUCGAGAGCGCCUGAAAACCUUAGUGCCACGUCAAGCAGACCUGUCUCUCCAGCAGAUUUCGGACAACUUCCAGAACAAAGCCAAGGACAUGGAUGCUAAGAAAGGUCAGAUGCAACUUGUGGAGCAAGAGAAAGCCAAGAAGUUGCAAGAGGAGAGAAAAAUUAAAGACAUGGAAAAGAAAGUUGUGGAGAGACGGAGGCAGCAUGAAAUAAUGGCCAAGAUUCAAGCAGCAAUCAUCCAGAUUCCAAAACCGUUGCCUCAGCACACCAUGCAGGCGAUUGAAGCCCAGAAAUUGCUGAGAAAGAAAAGGGAGGCUGAGAGCACAUACACAGAAAUCCGGAAGUUUGAACAGCAGAUGAGGAAAGAGACAUCCAUGCAUACCAUCACCAAACUCAAUGACAGACCCAACACGGCUGUCCGCUUGAGAAAAUUUGUAGGCUAUCCGGACGUUUACCACGUUACCGAAUUCUGCUCUGAGGCAUACAGAGAGGAGCAGCUCAUCAACCGGCUGAUGCGGCAGUCUCAGCAGGAGCGGAGAAUCGCUGUGCAGCUGAUGCACGUGCGGCACGAGAAGGAAGUGUUGUGGCAGAACAGAAUCUACAGAGAGAAACAGUUUGAGGAAAGGCGCCUGAAAGAAUUCCAAGAAGCCCUCGACAGAGAGGCAGCUCUUGCAAAACAAGAGAAAAUUGAGCUUGAGGAUGAAGCCCUCAAAGAGAAACAGCUGCAUGCCAAACUUGCCGCUGAAAGAGCAGAGGCUCGCUAUAAGAAGCAUUAUUCUAUUUGUUGGGAAGUGGUUGAACAAAUCAUUGAUUUAGCGACCAAAAUAGGAGAGUACCGAAUGCUGACGAACAAAUAUGCCUACAGUUUCCGCCUCCGGCCCAGUGGCCAUGGUGGCAGACAGUAUAGGGAAGAGGUGCUGAGCCUGCAGACUAUGAUCGGAGAGUGGGCCCCCCCGGAAGAGAUCAGCGCGAAUAAACCUCCUCCCAGCAAUCCGAUCCUGGGUCAUGUGAUUUAUCGGAUGAUGGGCAUUGUCUACCCCCCAGAACCGGAGCUGCCACCACCUGUGAUUUCUCCAUUUCCUAUCAAGGGAUGUAUUUUGGGGAAGCUCUGUAGUGGGAAAACCACCUGUCUCAAGUUCUUGGAAGAAGCUUGCAGUAUCCAGGCGUUGCUUAUCGACCAGCUGAUCUCAGAGGCCAUCGAAGCCUUCCAUCAAAAUGAACUGGGAAGCCUAACCUCUCUGACCCAAAUGAAAAUGGAGGAAUCCCCGUUGAAUCAAAUUGACGUCUUGAAGGCGGCUUCCAAGGCUUCCCUAAUAGCGUUGAAGACUUUGGAUGAAGACAGCAAAGAUCUUGACCAAAUAUCAGCCUCAAAUAAGUCAACAGAGUUGAGUGAAGAAGGGAAUGACUUAAGCAAGCUUUCUAUUCGUGCUCAGCUUGGGGCAGCUGCAGAAACACUGUUGAAGAGAGGAAAAAACAUUCUAGAUGAAUUAUUGGUUGGCAUCCUGGUCGAAUAUAUUAGCCGGAUGCCACCAGAUCAAGGUUGGAUCAUAAAUGGGUUCCCAAUGACGGUGAAUCAGGCCAAGCUCCUUGAAAAGGCACUGACAGGGCGAGAUCCGGACCAGCCAGUGGCAAAGGAUACCAGUGUGCAAAAGCCCACCUUGGUUGUCGACCCAACAGCGCCGAAAGAGCCACCUGCGUUCCCACCCGCUCUCGACUUCGCCAUAUUGUUAGAGGUUUCAGACUCCACCGUUCUGGGCCGUGUGACAAACAGGAGGUCUGUCCCUGACAUCUAUGCAAGUGGUGAUCCCGCUUCAGGCGCCAACCUCCAAACAAGAGAAAAAGAGUAUUCCCUGAGAGGCCAGAUGCAGCAGCGAAUCAUUGGUUUCCUGGACGCUUGGCCUGCACUCGAGACCUGGCUAGCUGAGCAGCAGAACAUACUAAUAAGAGUCCAUGCAGAGAUAGAGGAGAAUCUUUUGUGUCAAAGAGUAAAAGGAAUUUUGAUGGAGGAGGUCGAAAAGAAGAGAAAAGAACAGGAAAGGAAAGAAGCGGAGAAAAGAGAACAAGAGAUUGCUUCCUUUGUCUCCCAUGAAGAAGUGCUGUCAGUAAUAGGGGGGAAAUUUGAGGAACUGGAAGCUGUUUCAUCUGCUGAACUCCCGGAACCAGAACCUGUAGAGCCCAAAGUAGAGCCCAAAGUAGAGCCUAAAGGUACUCCACGAGGAAAAUCACCAGGGAAAGCUGCCCCACCACCACCGGAAGAAUUACCAUCUCCUGCUCCUGUAGAACCUCCUCCAAUUAAACCAGGGUCACCUGAAUGGGUUUAUGUCGAUGAUCCACUUCCCCCUGAAGUGCCUGAAUUCUUAGUCCCUUACUGGGAAAUCGUCGAGGCAUCCUAUGUGAGUAACAUCAAAGCCACUCUUCGGCAAAUCCGGGCUGAGCAGCACGUUGUCAUUCAUUACCUGUCGGAUAUCAGAAAUCAUUUCAAAGACUAUCUGAAACGUCCGGACCACAAACAGGAGUUCGUGACUCAGUGGCAAGCCGAUUAUAACUCGAUUGCUGAUGACUUGUGGGAUGAUGAUGAAACCAAACAAGAGCUGCACCAAAGGGUUACUGACCUGAGAGAUCGCCUGUGGGAUAUUUGCGAAAACAGAAGGGAUGAAGCUGAGCAAGAGCGCAGCGAUAUCAUGAACGACGGCUGGCUGCCGGAUCGGAUGGGGCUUCUGAUUAAUCACAUCCUUUCACUUAUGCAGUAUGAAGUGGACCGUUUCCAAGAUACCAAGAGACUGUUGCAUGACUAUUAUAGAGGAAUGGAAGGCAAAAUCCCCCUGGAGACCAACACAGAGUUUACCAGAAUAGCCCUGAUGGACCUGAUUCCAGGAGAUGAAGAGGGCAAGCUUAAAACAAUCCCAUUAUUAACUCGCAGGUGUCCUUCUCCAGACAUAGUAUUCACCAAGCAAAAAACCAAAUCAUUUCAAGCGAAGAGCGUGAAGGAGGAUUAUCCGGCUUCAGAGAGUGCCCUGUUCAAUUUUCAUUUUGAUGAGAAACUGAUCUCUGAGACGUGGCACAAUGCUGUCAUUACGAUAUCUAACAUGGUCAGUGCCGAAAUGCAAGCCAAAGAGGCCGAGGAAGAAAAGGAGCGCCUGCAGCAAGAAAUAAAAGAGAAAGAACACCAGAAAUCCUCCCAAGCUGCUGCUGGCAAAGGUGGAAAAGAAGGCAAAGGGGGGAAAGGCGGGAAAGGCGGAAAGGAGGGGAAAGGCGGAAAGGAGGCCAAGGAGGGGAAAGGCGGAAAGGAGGCCAAAGGAGGAAAAGAGGGAAAAGGUGGAAAGGGGACCGCAAAGGAGAGCAAAGACAGCAAAAAAGGGAAAAAGAAAGAGUCUCCAUCUGUGGUGGAACCAGCACCCAUUCCUCUGUCCCCAGAGGAGUUAAAAAAACAAGAACUGAAACAAAGAUUGAAGCAGGAAUUUUUUACUGCCCUGGAGCUUGAAGCGGAGGCUGCAAAAUCUCGACUUGAGCUGUUGAAAGUUAAAGCACACGCCUUCAUCGAAGACCUAACCUCGAAAGCCGAACUAACAUACAGGAAUAUGGAAAAAUGGCUGGGAGAGAGAUACCUGGUUGAAAUGUCCAGUGUUGACAAAUUAAUCGAGGUUGCCCGUCAGCAUAUCGAAAUGUCUACUAGAAUCCAGAACGAGCUGGUUCUGGAAGGGACGGAGUUUUACAUUAAUGGCGAUAUCAAAGUGUUCCCAGACCCUGUCCCCCCACCCCGCCCUCCGUCGGUAGAGACUGCUAUAAAUGGUACUCUAACAAUUUCGCAGCUUAGCAGUCUUCAUAAGCAGUUUCUACAGGUGGCACCGAGAGGUUUAAUGCCAACCAAAACAUUCAUUGACAUUAUUUAUGACCUGGUCACUUUGAAUCUUGGUGCCAACGUGCUUCCUGAUAGCUGGAUGCACCUCUCCGCGUAUGAUAUACAAAACAUCGCAUCAAUGCUAACUGUGGAUUUGGACACUGUGGACUGGCGCCGGUUCUUACUAGCGGCUUCCCAGCCUUGGCCCAUACCCUCUGUGAUGGAGUUGCUUGAAACGCUGCAAAGAUUCCAGGCUGUGGAUGAAGUUAGAUCAGGCUUUGUCACACUGGAACAAUAUAAUGAGGCUGGCCUCUGGUUUAAAGGCAGUGAAGAUCUCGUCAUUCCAGAAAGCCUAACAGAACCCUUACCCUUUAACCGGCAGGAGCACCUUAUAAAGUUUUUUUUCACAUUAUUUGCUGGUGUCUACGAAGAUCAUCCUCUGCUGGACUACACUGAGAUGUUGCUGUAUUUUGCAUCUGAUCCUGAUGCUGUCGACGGUGUCUAUCGGGCCCUCAGUGUCGCUACGGGAAUGUACACGCACAGGAAAAAAGAGAAACACCCUCCUGUUACUCAUAUGUGUGAUCUGCUCAUGGAAGAAGAGAAGGAAAAAGAGGACGAAGAUGAAUUCUACACCAAUGAAGGAAUAGUUUCCCUGCCUACCCUACUCAGAGUGUUUCAGCAUGAGACGAUUGAGGCUGAGGACAACCAUAGAUUUAGUGAUUAUCUGACAGAAGAGGACAAUUACGAGCACUUCAUCAAAAUAUACGAGGAACUUGGCUCUGAACUUUUGGAACCCAUCACCGUGGCGCUACUUCUAAAGCAUCCCUUCAUUCAAGACUUGGUAAACAGCUACCAGGAUUACAAACUUGCUCACUACUUCAAAGAACCUCAGAGUUCCCUGGAAGAGAGUGUGAAAAACUUCUAUAAGGUUGGUCCUGAAUGUAUGUGGGAGAUGUGA